GUCUUUAUAAAUGUGUUAUGGCCUUCUCCUUCUUCGCUGAACACACACCAGAGAAAGUAAUAUGAACAAUCAUCAAACGACGGUGUUGAACCAACUUGAGCCAUGGUCUGAGCUUAAAGACAAAGUGGUUCUUCUUACAGGAGCUUCUUCUGGUAUUGGACGAGAGGUCUGUCUUGAUCUGGGCAAAGCCGGCUGUAAGAUUAUCGCAGCAGCUCGUCGCGUCGACCGUCUUGAAUUUCUCUGCUCUGAAAUCAACAGCUUAAGUUCAACUGGAAUAAUGUUAGCCGCACCGUUGGAGCUAGACGUUUCAUCAGACGCAGCCACCAUUCAGAAAGCGGUCAAACAAGCUUGGGACAUCUUUGGAAAGAUAUAUGUGUUGAUCAACAAUGCUGGAAUCAGAGGCAAUGUCAAGACGUGUUUGGACUUGUCUGAAGACGAGUGGGACAGAGUCUUCAGAACCAACUUAACCGGAGCUUGGUUAGUAUCCAAAUACGUCUGCAGUUUAAUGAGGGACCCUAAACGCGGUGGCUCGGUGAUAAACGUCUCGUCCAUCGCCGGUCUCCACCGCGCUAUGUCACUCGGUGGAGUCGCAUAUGCUUGUUCUAAAAGCGGUGUUGACGCCAUGACAAAGAUGAUGGCUAUUGAGUUAGGUGUGUUUAAUAUAAGAGUGAACUCGAUCGCACCGGGGAUUCUUAAGUCAGAGAUCUGAUAUACCUUGGAGGGUAUAUACUCGUAGACAGGAGAAGCAUAAUAACUUGGAAGAGAAUAAGAAAUGAAGCAAGACAUGGAGAAGAAGAAAGAGCCUCGGCUUUAUUCAAAUAAUACUUGUAAACAAUACAAUAGUUGUUGUGGGCCUUAGUCUAUAAAAGGACCCAUAGGAUGGAUAGGUGGGCUUAUGCAAUUUGGUAGAAUUGUGUCUGGGCUUGUCUCUCGUGUGUGAG